GGAGCUGAUGUUAUCCUGGCAACCAAAACUAUCACCCAUCAUCUUGAAAAGGCCCGGGCGAGUUGCGAGAAGACAAUCCUGUUUGCCUAUAUCCGCGGCACGCUUGUGGGCCUCUAUGCUGGUUCUCAGGUCGACAGACGCAAGACAAUCGACGCUCUACUCCCAACCUUUGUCCAGGCGCUGCAAGGUGGCUCCGACGUUCGGCAAGCCGUCGAAGCCUGUGAUGAAGGUCCUGCAAGUGAUGUGUUCGGUCUGAUCGCAGACCCUACUGGCGACUUUGUCGCAGUCCAAGCCGCCGUCAAGUCAUGGAACGAGGGCAAGUGCGUUGCUGGCGGCAAAGGCAGCAAGACGAAGGAUCUCUCCAAGCUGACUGCCUGGGGAUACACGCUGGCCGCCAAUGCCAGAGGCCACAGCGCCCGUUCUCUCGAUGCGAGGGACACGUGUCGCAGCAUCGAAGCCGAGAACGGAGAUACAUGCGAGACGCUUGCCAAGCGCUGUGGUGUUAGUCUUGCCUCCUUUGAGAGCGCAAAUAAAGCGACAAAAGACCUCUGCGACAAGACGCCAGCGGGCCAACCCGUAUGCUGUUCCUCCGGCGAGCUGCCGAGCAUCAAAGCCAAAAUCCAGUCAAACGGAGUUUGCACCAGCUAUGACACGAAGAUGGGGGACAUCUGUGACACAAUCGCCGCGAAGCACGGUAUUACAGUUGAGGAUCUCGAGAAUUGGAACAAGAAGACCUGGGCCUGGGAUGGCUGCGGCAACCUGAACCCAUAUGUGCGCAUCUGUGUCAGCGCGGGCGACCCUCCGAUGCCUGCUUCGGUAUGGAAUGCCGAAUGCGGGCCGACCAAGAAUGAUACCAAGCCGCCAGGGGAAGGCGAAGAGCUCGCAGACUUGAACCCCUGUCCUCUAAAUGUCUGCUGCAAUAGAUGGGGGAUGUGCGGAUUGACGGACGAGUUCUGUCUUAAAUCCACCUCCAACACAGGGAACCCGGGCACGGGGCAGCCAGGAGAGGGCGGAUGCAUUUCCAACUGCGAGCGAAAGCUGACAAACAACGGCAAGGCGCCUGAAAAGUACCGCAAGAUUGGCUACUUUGAGGCGUGGAACUACGACAGGCCUUGCCAGCACAUGCACGUCCUGGACAUUGACAAGUCAUACUCGCACAUUCACUUUUCAUUCGGUGAAAUCUCGCAGGGUCUCCAAGUCGUCAUUCCUGAUAGGGUCAAAGAGCAGUUCGAGGCUUUUAAGAAGGCCGCUGACCUUCCUGCCAAGAAGAUUCUUGCGUUCGGAGGCUGGGCGUUUUCGAAUGAGGCGGCUGAUACAAGUCUUUUCCGAAAGGCCUUUUCUGCUGGUAAUCGAGAGGCAUUUGCAAGCCGCGUUGUGGAUUUUGUCUCCAAGAAUAACCUGGAUGGUGUCGACUUUGAUUGGGAGUAUCCCGGGGCAACCGAUAUCGAGGGUUCGGACCCGGGACAGAAGGACGAUGGUGACAACUACUACGAGUUCCUCAAGGUCUUGCGUGGAAAGCUCCCUAAGGAUAAGUCGCUCUCUAUCGCCGCUCCUGCUUCCUAUUGGUAUCUAAAGGGUUUCCCGAUCAAGAAGAUGGCCCCUCUCCUGGACUAUAUCAUUUUCAUGACCUAUGACUUGCAUGGACAAUGGGAUGUAGGUAGCAAAUGGGCCAGUCCUGGUUGUCCCGCAGGAAACUGCCUGCGCUCCCACGUCAACUCCACAGAGACGAUGGAUUCCCUGAUUAUGAUCACAAAAGCCGGAGUCGAGUCCCACAAGGUUGUUGUUGGCGUGAGCAGUUAUGGCCGGUCAUUCAAAAUGUCCAGCUCCACCUGCCGCGGCCCUCAGUGUAUGUUUUCACGCCUCCAAAGGAACAAGUCUCCUGCGAAAAAGGGCCGGUGCACUGGCACAGCGGGAUACAUAUCCGACUUCGAAAUCAACGAAAUAAUUGGAAAGGGUGGAGCCAUCAAGACGUGGUAUGACGAGGCGACUGACUCAGACUACCUUGUCUACGAGGGAGACGAAUGGGUUGCGUACAUGUCCAAGGUGACAAAGACUCGUCGAAUGAGGGACUAUAUGAAGCUCAACUUUGGCGGAACAACAGACUGGGCGAUUGAUCUCCAAGUCGACUUUGAGAAGCGC